AUGGCCCUUGUUGAGUCUGUUGUAGAACUCCUUCUCCAAAAACUCGCUGACCCACUCAUUCGAGAAGCCAUUUUAUUACAUGGGGUUGGUGAUCAAGUCCAAUGGCUCGAGGACGAAUUUGGGCGGAUGAAACGUUUCUUGAAAGACGCAGACGCCAAACAAGAAGGAGAUGAAAGAGUAAAGGGCUGGGUGGGGGAUGUGAGAGAUGUUGCAUAUGAUGCUGAGGACGUCAUCGACACCUUUGUCUUCAAGGUAGCAAACUUGAGGCGAACUGGAUUUGUGGGCUGCAUUAAAAGGUACGCUUGCAUCUUCAAUGAAUUGUUAGCUCGCCAUCAGGUGGGAUGGAAGAUCGAGCGGAUAAAGGGUAAAAUCAGUGAGAUCUCCGAAAGCAGGUUGACAUAUGGAAUUGAAAAUAUAGGCGAGGGAGCAGGGACGAGCUCUGCCGAUGCUGAGGACGUCAUCGACACCUUAGUCUUCAAGGUAGCAAACUUGAGGCGAACUCGAUUUGUGGGCUGCAUUAAAAGGUACGCUUGCAUCUUCAAUGAAUUGAUAGCUCGCCAUGAGGUGGGCUCGAAGAUCGAACGGUUAAAGAUUAAAAUCCAUGCGAUCUCCCAAAGUAGGUCGACAUAUGGAAUUGAAAAUAUAGGGCAGGGAGCGGGGACGAGCUAUGCCGGUCGAAGCCACCAAGAAUGGAGGCGCACUUCUCCUUAUGUUCAAGAACCAGAUUUUGUUGGUUUUGAUAAUGACUUAAAGGCAUUGGUAACGCAGCUGACUAAUGAAGGAGAGCUGCGACGUUGUGUUGUUUCUGUAGUGGGAAUGGGUGGUCUGGGUAAGACCACUCUUACCAGGAAAGUUUAUAACACUGAUAGUGUUAAGAAACAUUUCCAUACUCAUGCAUGGAUUUCUAUAUCACAACAGCCUUCUGUGAAAGAUAUUUUGCAGGUCCUUGUAAGACAUUGGAUGGUGGUAUCCGACAAUACAGCAGAGAAAUUGCACAUUGCUGAGCUGAGGGACAAGAUUUCCGGGUAUCUGAUAGACAAGAGAUACUUGGUGGUCUUGGAUGAUAUAUGGAAAAGGGAAGCAUGGGAUGCUUUGAAGGAUGCAUUUCCGGAUGUGAAAAAUGGCAGUAGGGUCAUGCUCACCACACGAAUCAAAGACCUUGCUUCAUAUGCAGAUCAACAAAGAGAGCCCCAUGAACUUCGAUUUCUAACCAAUGAAGAGAGCUGGGAUUUGCUCUGUAAAAAAACAUUCGUAGGACAAGAUGGUGGUUGCCCGCAGGAUUUAGAGAAGCUGGGAAGAGAGAUUGUUGAAAAAUGCCAUGGUCUCCCUCUUGCGAUUGCAGUCGUUGGAGGACUCUUAUCAGGAAAGAAACUAUUUAACGAGUGGGAGAAUGUAUGCAAGAGCAUCAGCUGGCAGUUAGGCCAGAGCGAAGUCCAAAUCUCUAGCAUAUUAUCUUUAAGCUAUAAAGAUCUGCCUUAUGACUUAAAACCCUGUUUUCUCUACCUGGCCAAAUUUCCAGAGGACUACGAGUUCAAAGCCAAGGAAUUGAUUCAACUGUGGGCCGCAGAAGGGUUUCUUAAAGAAAGAGGAGAACUAACAUUGGAAGAGGUUGGAGAAGAUAACCUGAUGCAGUUGGUUCAGAGAAGUAUGGUUCAAGUGGCAAGAAGAAGUUCAAGCAAGGGUAUCAAAAGUUGUCGCAUCCACGAUCUUUUGCGUGAUCUGUCCAUAUCAGAAGCAAAGGAAAGCAAGUUUCUCGAAGUUCAGUUUCUCAAAGUUCAAGAUGACAAUGGCAAUGCUACUCCUGCAGCAUCUAGAGCCCGUCGGCUUGCAAUUUACAUCAUUAGCAGAGGCGAACUUCACCCAAAGGAGUGGAGAGUGGAGGAAGGAGCUAUGCCAAGUCUUUUACAUUUACGGAUCCAUGACUGCAAGCAAUUGAAGAAGCUUCCAGAAGGACUGCAACAUGUGACUACCCUCAAGAAAUUGGAGUUGUGGUCGAUGCCUGCUGAAUUCAAAGCAAGGGUUGAAGAAGACAGACGUGAGGAUUGGUAUAAGAUCCGGCACAUACCCUCCAUCGACAUACACGAUUCAUACAGGAUUGGAAGCUAAGCAGUCGGACUUUCUAUCAUUAUGAGAGGGCAACCAUCGAGAGGUUAGACAGGAGCUUUGAGUAAGAUUUUUGGAGCAUCUUUCGUUUAUGGCAUAGUGUAUUAAAUCAAAGUUUGGAUUUCAGAACUACUAGCCCCACUUGCUUCAUGCAUCAAGAUACUUGGACUGAAUGCAUUUGAAGCCUAUACUUCCUGUUUUAUCAAUUAUUAUUCUAACAUAUAACUUUUAGGUUCUAAUCAUAAAUUUCAUUUUCCAGGCAUUUUUCUGACAACAGAGAUUGCAGUGACCUGCAUAUACUAUGUGACGAGACAAAGUGAAGAAUGGUGGAAUGGUGACUAGACAGUAAUGAGAUGUUUGGAUGAUCAUUUGUAUUUGUAACUCAAGGGUUCAUGUACUUUUUGUUUGAGAUCUUUCAAUAAGGAACCAUGCACUAAUAUUCGUUACAUGCUCUGCAUUUUAAUUUGGGGAAAUUGCUCAUUAGUGUUUGACUUAUUUCACUGUAUGCAUUGUUUGCCUGUAAUAUGUUAGUUGAAAACUGAAAUAAGAAGCAAUAUCUUUAAUGUA